UAUCUUAUGCAUUGAAUUCUUGUUAUGUCUGUUUCCAUGGCUCUUUGGUUUUGUCACAAUCCUCUUCUUCAUCUUCACGGGAACAAAACCCCCAUUGCUAUUCAAUCUCAAACCAACAUAAAUUGCACGCAUUUCUUGCUACAAUUCUCAUCUAUUCGGUGUUUCUCAAGUUUCAACCACAGCAUCAAUCUCAGAACUUGCAAGAACUGCAAAACCCAAUUCGACCCUUCCCUCAACAACCCUCUUUCCUGUCGAUUUCACACUGCCCAUUAUGGAGGAGAAACUAAGAGAAAGUUUGAGAGUGUGUAUGAAGGGGGCACUAUGAACACUCCUGAUUCUGGCAAAGUCUUUCAGUAUUGGCAUUGUUGCGGAUCUGAAGAUCCAUUUGAUCCUGGUUGCACCGCAGCUCCUCACUCCUCGUACGAUGAUUGAUGUAGAUGUUAUUCAUCAUACAUGAACCCGUGGUUAACUUUUUCUAUUUAGGAUUCUUUGUACUAAAUAUAGUUUCUGACCUCUUGUAAAAAUUUAUUGAUUCAGUUGUUUCCGAAAACAUGUUUGCAUUGACAAAAGCAUGACAAUAUGAACAACGCUUUAUAAAUAUGAGACCAAUAUUUAAGGAUAUUAUUAUUUAUUAGGGAAAA